AACUGACAUUUGUAUCACUACGCCCCUCACUACGGCCGCCAUCUUAGUUGUAUUUGUUUGUAGCAUUAUCUGGGAACAAAAUCCUUGAUCAUCCUAUUAUCUGCUUCACGGAGAAACUUUAUUACACAAGUUUCUUAACCAGUUUGCUUCACUGUAAUGGCCGAUACCGAUAAAUUGAAUAUAGACAGUAUAAUUGCAAGGCUAUUGGAAGUGCGAGGUUCCAGACCUGGUAAAAAUGUUCAGCUGACAGAAUCUGAAAUACGUGGACUUUGCCUUAAGUCAAGAGAGAUUUUUCUGAGCCAACCAAUUCUUUUGGAGCUUGAAGCACCCCUGAAGAUCUGCGGUGACAUUCACGGCCAGUAUUAUGACUUGCUGCGGCUGUUUGAGUAUGGUGGCUUCCCCCCAGAGAGCAACUAUUUAUUUCUUGGAGACUACGUGGAUCGUGGCAAGCAGUCACUUGAGACCAUCUGCUUGCUGCUAGCCUACAAAAUCAAGUAUCCAGAAAACUUCUUCUUGUUGCGUGGCAACCAUGAAUGUGCCAGCAUUAACAGAAUCUAUGGCUUUUAUGAUGAGUGCAAGAGGCGGUACAACAUAAAGUUGUGGAAGACAUUUACAGAUUGCUUCAAUUGCUUGCCCAUAGCUGCCAUCAUUGAUGAGAAAAUAUUCUGUUGUCAUGGAGGUCUAAGUCCAGAUUUGCAGUCCAUGGAGCAGAUUCGACGUAUUAUGAGGCCGACAGAUGUACCAGAUCAAGGUCUCCUUUGUGACCUUCUGUGGUCAGACCCUGACAAGGAGACUAUGGGAUGGGGUGAGAAUGACAGAGGAGUCUCCUUCACUUUUGGUGCAGAAGUAGUCGCCAAGUUCCUGCACAAGCAUGACCUUGAUCUUAUAUGCCGUGCUCACCAGGUUGUGGAAGAUGGCUAUGAGUUCUUUGCCAAGCGACAGCUUGUGACAUUGUUCUCAGCUCCAAACUAUUGUGGGGAGUUUGACAAUGCUGGUGCCAUGAUGUCAGUCGACGAGACACUGAUGUGCUCAUUUCAGAUAUUGAAGCCUGCAGAUAAGAAAAAGUUUCCCUAUGGAGGAUUAAACCAGGGUCGGCCUGUUACUCCACCUCGAGGCAAUGCAAAAGCAAAAGGAAAGAUGUGAAAAAAAUGAAACUGUGACAUUGGAGAGGUUUUGGAGCUUGGUUUGAUGUCAGGAUAGUACUUUUGAUCAGAUGGCGGCCGGUCUUCUGCACUUGAUGCUACAGCAUUUGCUCUGUGCCCCUGACAUAACAAUGGCAUAUGUUACGUCUUUUCAACCAGUACUUUCCUUGUCUGUCUACUUUCACUACUGGGGCAGUUGCUGUUGUGUCGACUUGAUUGUCUCACCUGUCAUCACUGAGUGGUCCAGGAGCUCUUCUAUGUGGUCAGCAUGUCCUUGUAUAUAGUUUGAUUAAGCAACAAGCAAAGCAAAUUUUCCAGAAGCUGUCAAGUUUAUUAAACAGUAUGUUGGUGUGAAAGCAGAGAUUCAUCGUAGAAACCUUGUGAACUGAUGGUUCGUACUUUGGCCUUUUCAGAAAUAUAAACUUCACUGUAGCAUAACUCCAAAGUUUUACUGGUUGCGGGGCCACAGCCUGUUAUAUACUGCACUGAAGAUUUGAGAAAUUGGCUGGGCUCAAUUUUAGCGCUCUGUCCAAAGGAAUACUGUGGCAUGCUGUGUUUGAUGAGAUGCAUUGUAUAAUGGACAAUUGCAGUGUACCUUAACAUUUCACCGCACUGAGUGCACAGAAAUUUGGAUGGAACUUUUAAAGAAGUGGGCAGAGAAGAGAUAAUCUAGGUAGGCAUGGUGCAUUCUGGAGUGGUUAACUUGCAUGCUGGUAUCUUUCACUAUGGUACCAGUGUGGUGUACAGUACAUCGCUUAGUUGCCACAGUCUGCACACAGGUGGUUUUUUAUGCAUGCACUUAAGCUCCCUAUUUCAUGAGGCAAGCGUCCGUGAACUGCAACCUGUGUCACAUGCAUACCUAAACACCACACUGCAUGCACUGGUUCACACUGAAAACAAGCUUACUUGCAGUCAUCAUUUUUGUAGGGUCCUGGUACCCCAUGUCUACUGUAGCUUUCAUUGUGGACUUGUGCUGAGGUCUUCAUGGUCCAUCAUGUAAAUAAUAGUUGUCUCUACUUGUGUUUCUCUCUCCUCUCCCCACACUCUAGUACAGGCAUUAGCAUCACAGCUGACAUUUUAUAUCCUGCCGUUCUGUUCCUGGUCAGAGUAGUUAAAAUGGUAUCUUGGACAUGUGUCUGUAGUCAUGGUUUCUUUAAAUGUUAUAAAAAUGUGAUGGUAUCUGAAUAGUUUAUGUGGGGAGAGGUGGGGGAAAACAGGAGACUUAGCAGUCCUUUGUAUGAAUGUUGUAUGCUGGAUGUUAAUUGUUAUAAUAAUCUGAACAGUUUUUGUUUUGUGUUAUUCUUGUAUUUUGUAUUUAAAACAAGAGCUCUGGCAAAAUUCUUCUGCAUUUAAAAUUGAAGAAAUACAGAUAAUUUUGUUGAUGAGGUGUAUGGCAAACGGUGGCUUUGAUUGGUAUACUAUAAAGGGUUUGACAAGAUUUCUUGUAUGCUGAUUGUGCUGUCCUCUACAUUAAGAUAGAAACCAGUGAAAUAACAUGUGCAUAAAGAAAAAUACUUGUUUGCCCUCUGUUUUAAAGCUCAUUGGAUUUUUUCCCCUCUAAAGAAUAAACAGGUAGAUUUUGUA